GCCCGUCAGUUGGAUGUAGCUUGUUUUCCCUCGUCCUAACAUCACUUGAAGCGUUAGCCUGUUAGCCACAGGCCCGCGUGUGUGUUUGCGCGCGCGUGCGUGCUGUGGCGCUCGCCUGGUCACGAGCUGCUAAUGUAACGUCAGUUUGUAAAGCGUCUGUCGUCGUUUCAUUUACCGAGGCUCGACACACACACUGCAGCUUUUAAAGUGACGUGGACGCUCCACAAUGGUGAAAAUAUUUAUCGGGAACUUGUCACCAGACACAACAUCAGAUGAACUUCGCUCUCUGUUCUCCCAAUAUGGCAAGAUUGCAGAAUGCACUAUUGUCAAGAACUUUGGCUUCGUGCACAUGGAUGACAAAGCGGAGGCAGAAGAAGCCAUCCGCAACCUUCACCAUUACGAGCUAAACGGCCAGCCUAUGAAUGUGGAACUGAGCCGUGGCAAGUCAAGAGGAUCCACCAAACUACAUGUUGGCAACAUCGCCUGUACCAACCAGGAGCUGAGGGCCAAGUUCGAAGAGUUUGGCGCUGUGUUGGAGUGCGACAUAGUCAAAAACUAUGCCUUUGUUCACAUGGAGCGAAUGGAGGACGCCAUGGAGGCCAUAAAUCAGUUAGACAACACGGCUUUUAAAGGCAAACUGAUGAGCGUGAAGCUUUCGACUAGCCGCCUGCGUACUGCGCCGGGAAUGGGAGACCGAUCGGGUUGUUAUCGUUGCGGGCAGGAAGGCCACUGGUCCAAAGAAUGCCCUCUAGACCAAAAUGGCUACCACAGAAACGGCUCAGAGCCAAAGUCUGAUGGAUACGAUGACUCGAGAUUUGCCGGGCGUGGUCACAGCAGGGGUUAUCCUCCGGACUUCAGUGGCGAACCAGAUUACGGUGGCGGCUAUGCUCCAGUACAUGGUUUUUCCCGGGGUUCUGGUCACAGCAGCAGCAUGGCAGGGUACCGAAGGGGCGCAGGAUACGAGGGUGCAAUGAGAUACGGGCCGCACCCAGGUUAUGGCAUAAGCGCUGUUCCUGAUCAUAGCAUGGCUCGGAUGUACGGCAGCGAGGCGGCAUACAGGAGCAACGGCUCGCUCUAUGGCGCGGUACCAGCCUACCCGAUGCGACGGUCGCCUUACGAGGAAAGGGAUCCGUACGGGGUCGUGGACUACUACGAGAAGUACAGGGCCAAUUCUUACGGAGGCAGUUAUUUCGAAGAACGUCGCGGUGUCCCUUUGCCUGCUCCAGCAACAACCACCACCACAGCUUUAAUGAGGGAACGUCUGCCCCCCUCUAACCUCGACCCAUACGAGUGUCCCCUUCCUCCUCCACCAGCCCCAGUCGCCUCAUACUAUGCACGUGACCGGAGUCCGAUUCGGAGAGUUGAGGCAGAUGGAUAUUCAUAUGAGCGUUCGCGCCUUUCCCCGGUGUCCACCCUCCCAAGAAGUUCUACCUUUGAACAUCCGCGGGAUCCUGGCGCUGAUCGGGCACGAUAUACAUAUUAAUCCUUGUCUGUCUGACAUGUAGUUGAUAGGAUAGCCUAAGUGCCAGUGGAAUCACUGAAAAUGAAAUUUUAGACAGUAUAUCUCAUUGGUAAUACUAGAGGCAGAAGUCCACCCUCUAUAUAUGUGAGGUGUGUGGGUAGUAAGAAUAAGGUUACAAUACAGCUUUCCAUCAUGAUAGCCAGCAAGUAGAUUUCAGUGGUUAAAUGCAUUAACAUUGUGCUGUGAUCUCAUUCCAGGUUAGACUUCAACAUGCAGUACAACUUUUGUCAGUUGACCACCUUUCAUUGUCCCAAUCACAUGUUGUGCUAUUGGUGCAGUUCUAAUGGCUUAGCCUAAGCGCAGAUACUGGGUUCAUCUCCAGCCUGUUUGACGUCUUUUCACCAGACUGUUAGAACAGAAAUUUGUUAACCCUGAAAGUAGCUGUAUGUUCAUAGACUCUGUUAAUAGAUACAAAUCAAAGUAGUGCAUGGUGCAUGUUUUAAAGGUGAGUCUUAUGUUAAUUAAAUUUAAUAAAUUCUUUUCAGCCACAUCUUGCGUAUUACUAUGUGCGUUUUAGUGUAUUUGUGUUUGUGUAAGUUGACAUUGUUACUGCAUAUGUGAAGCAAUGGAGAAACACAUUUAAAUACUGUAUGCUUCAUCACCUUUAAAAAAACAAAAACAAACAAAAAAAACUUUUGUAUUUGGGUCCUAUCAAACCUUUUGUGAAACAAUGUUGAACUUUUUAUCAAGAUGCAUUGUGAUCAUCUUUUUUUUUUUUUCUCCUUUUUUUUUUUGUCAGUAGAAACAUUACUUACUUUAAAUUGGUUUUCUUUGCUGUAAUGAAUUUGAGGGUUCACAUCUUGGGUAUGUUGUAGUUCCUUUACAUAAAUGACCUCAACUGCCUAUACCGUCUGUCAUGAUUUCUGUAGGUUCAAAUUAAAAUCUGUUUGUCUGAAGACUGUGA